CAGCAGCGCGACGUUUAAAAAUGGUGCAGUUUCUCUCGCCGUUUGUUGCAACCACGUAAUUUAUUGAGACUUGCACAGAUGACACAGUAUAGCUGCGAAGAGUCUUUCAAAUUUCAAGCUCCGAAACGGCGUAGCGUUACGGACGAGCGUUGGAGCGACGUACUGUACGAUAGCUAAGCGAUUGGACUUGAACUAGACGCCUAGACCAUUACACUUUACACUUUAGUUUGAACUACAAACUAUCUCGGCAAAAUGAAUCGGAAAGGUGUGAAAAGGCAAGGUGUUGACAGUUCCUUCGAGUCCGGAGGAAGCAGAAUCAAGCGAGCACGUGAGGACGAUCGCCAACAAGGAGCAAACAAGGAGGACGAUUUGUGCAACUCUGAUGUUGAAGAGGCUGCGCCGGUUCAGGACACCACGCCUAUUCAGGAGGCAUCUCAAGCAGGCAUGUUCAGCAAUGCUGAAAAGACCUUCGAGGAGCUUUUGAGCCAACUGCAACAGCAAACUACGACGGCGGAAACAUGCCUGACCAACGUUCAAGAGGCACUAGAAAGAGAUGUCGCAAAGCCAGAGGAAGAGUUCUUGCUUACUGCGAAGAGUUACCUCGAGAACAAGAGGAAGACAGUCUUCGAGCUGGUGCCUGAGAUAUACGGUGCCCUCCAGGGCAUCGCCGAAAUCGACAAAGAGAGCACAUCAAAGAAACAAUGACUGCAGCGUGGAAGGCACUCGGCUAAAGGAUUCGUAUGUAAUUGUUCAAUAAAGGAAAUAAAGCGACAAAAAA